CCCUUAACAAAGUAUGAUUCCAUUUUCACAAACUAAAAUACGAUUGAUUGAAGCAGGUAACAAAGGGGAUGAAGUAGCAGCAGCUUUAUACGGUCUUGAGGAGUUGCAUUUUUUGUUCAGACAGAAUAACCACAGUAAAGCAGCCUGCCACUUGCAGGGUUUGCUCACUCUCUGUGGGAUGCACGAUUCAGAAGCCAAGCCAGUCUUGCUGUGCUCUUGCAAUGACAACUCUAUCCACGCCUAUGACUUGCCGUCUUUUUCUGAGAGGGGAAAGAUAUUUUCAAAACAGGAGGUCCGAUCCAUUCAGCUAGGCCCAGGUGGUCUAUUUUUCACUGGCGAUGGCACCGGUGAAGUGAGAGUUUGGAAGUGGUUGACCCAACCUGCGACAAUUUGAUGAGUGGCAAUAUUUAAAUUCAGAAUAAUGUAAUUUUUUUUCCUUUCGUUUUUAUUCAUUGUUUCUUCUUGAAACAAGAUUAUGAAACAUAACAGAAUGUGAGAGAAUGCCAGUUUUGACUUCCUAGUGGUGGCUACCUAGUUGCAUUAGAACAGUUGUCGCCUCCUUACUGUGUACCAUAAAUUGUAGAGAAGUAUUCAGGGCUUUGCCCAACCAUCUGUAUCAGCCAAGAGUUUCCUCACUGAAGGUUUGUAUGCCAUGCAUUUAGCUAUGGCUUUACUCUUUUAUUUUUCGGGUUCAUACAAAGAUAUGUAAUGUUUCAUC